AUGCGUCUCUUCUCACUCGUCUUCUUCCCAGUCUGUGCGGCAUCAAUCAUCUCAACGGGCUCAACCAUUCUCCUGAAUAAUGUUCCAUACUACAUAAACCCUCAUUUCGUAGGAAACGUCGCCCUUGAGGCCCAUGCACUUGACAACAUAGACUGCGUCUUUGGCUUCGCUCCGGUCUCUGUUCUGCCUCCAGGAACACAGCCAGAUGACAUCUCCACUAUCUUUUCAUCCUGGAACUCUACCGAUGAUGUAUUCCAGCCCGGAUUUUCACAGCUGAUACUCAACGAAACACAGACCUUGAGUAACUCAAUCACGCAAAAAGUGGAAGUCACUGGUCAAGGCACUUCGACAGUGGCCAGCUAUAUGGCAGAUUCCACAGUGUCUGAGGGCCCGUACUUUUUAGAUAAAGCAACCGGCAAUCUGCACCAGGCCUACCGACUAUACGACGAUUUUGCCGGAGCCUUUACUGAGGCAUUGCUAGAUAACAAUGACGGCACUUUCCAGGUCUUGUCGGCCAAGGUUGCCGGCUCCGCCACAUCAUCCAUCGGUGUGCCCUCGCGAUUGUACUACAAGCCGUCAAAGGAGAGGCCACUUGCUGGCGUCCGCAUCGCCGUCAAGGACAUAUUCUCGCUGACAGGCGUCAAACGGUCCAACGGUAACAGGGCGUGGUACCAUUUAUACCCGCCGAGCAACGUCACUGCAUUUGCAAUCUCCAGGCUCAUCGAGGCGGGUGCUAUCAUUGUGGGCACGCAAAAGCUGUCUCAGUUCGCGACGAGCGAGGUUGCUACCGUUGAUUGGGUCGACUACCACUCGCCCUUCAACCCCCGAGGCGACGGCUACCAGGAUCCCUCCUCGUCGAGCUCCGGCGCCGGUGCGUCUAUGGCAUCGUACGACUGGCUCGACGCCGCCGUGGGCACAGACACGGGCGGCAGCAUACGAAGUCCUGCAGGCGUCAGUGGCGUCUUUGGGAACAGAGCCUCGCAUGGUCUUGUCAGCUUGGACCAUGUCAUGCCCCUUUCCGAGCCCUUGGAUACCGCUGGCUUCCUUGUUCGGGAUCCGGCGCUAUGGGAGGAACUGCAGGCCGUCAUGUACGGGUCCAAUUACACCUCUUUGGCCAGCUCGCAGCCAAAGUACCCUGUCAAAAUCAUGACCGUGACAUACCCAGACUCCAGCACCGAGGCAGGCAGACUUCUCAACAAUUUUGCCGCAGCGCUGGCCAAGUUCCUAGGCGGCAAUGUAAGCACCUUGGAUGUAGCCAGUGCCUGGACCAGAAGCAAGACGAACCCUUAUGCCAAUCUCAACUUUACCGAGUCGUUCAACAUCACCUACCCAGUACUUACAGGCAAAGGCCAAGACAACUUGACAAAUCAAUUCUUCGCCGACUACGCAAGUCUUCAUGACGGCCGCCGACCAUUCAUCAACCCAUCCCCACUCGCGCGCUGGGCAUGGGCUGCCAACUACUCAUGGGAUGAAGCAUUGCACAACAAGACCAUGUUUGCAGACUGGUUCAAUGGUGAAAUCCUGCCUCCAGUCGAUGAUCCGCUCCAAUGCUCCUCUUCCCUCAUUCUAUAUGCCGGCAAGACAGGCACGCAGGCCCCGAGGAACCGGUAUGAUAUCGCUCCUCCCUUACCCUUCACGGGUUUCUCAGCAGCCCGCAUGUCCGUCUUCUCGGGCUGCCCAGACUUUAUAUAUCCCGUAGGCGAGGUGUCGAAACUCAGUAACCUGGCGAGCCAUGAUGAAAAGCUGCCUGUUGCAGUGGGUAUUCUGGCUGCGAAGGGCUGCGAUGGACUACUCGCUCGGCUGACGAUGGACCUGGUGGGUGAAGGUAUCUUGAAGAUUCCGCAGGUUGGUGGUAGCAUGAGCGGUGAUCCAAUUCUUUUCUAA